GAAGGGCAACAUUUUCGCCAAGUCAAACAAUUCUUAGUGCGAAUGUAAUCCACGAUCGCUCAACGUGACAGCACAGAGUAUAUAUGUAUAUGUACGAGUACAACCGAAGAGCACAGCAAAUAAGCUAGUUAGCUAACGAAUUGUGAGCGCAAUCAACAAUUUGCCGGGAACCGUGAAACGAAAUAGUCGUGAAAGUGCAAGAACACCGCCUACCAUCGAUAUUCAUGUGAAGCAUUUUGAAAUGCUGAUGCAGUUUUGCUUUUCUUUCAUUUUGUAAACGGUCGUGCUAUUUAUUAGUUGUUGGUGAAGGCACAUAUUGAAGUGUUUGCCGAAAGUGGUUGACGUGCCAAAUAAGCAGUCAAUUUUUUUUUGGUUGUUUCUUUUCAUUUUCAUUAAAUAGAGAAAAUUCGCGUGUGUUAUUUAAUUUAUUGUAGUUUACUGAAGAAAAGUAUAAACGUCACAUCAUGCCACCAAAUGCUGCAGCAAUCAAUCACAAUGCUCUGGAUGCACUAUCCGGACAAAAUACAGAUGGGAUCAAGGGAUCCAAGCAAACUGGUGUUCUGUUCGAAAGUGACGCCGAUACCAUUGAUGGAGCGUUGGCCGUUGAUGUGAAUCAACUAAAACGCGCCGAAAAGCGCAGACUAAAAUUAGUCUGGCGAAAUAUAAUUCUUUUCGGAUAUUUGCAUAUUGCUGCGCUUUAUGGAGCGUGGCUAUUCUUCACCUCUGCAAAAUGGCCAACGGUAUUUUUCUCGAUCUUUCUGUAUUCCAUUGGUGUGUUGGGUAUCACCGCUGGCGCACAUCGUUUAUGGGCUCAUCGCUCGUACAAGGCUAAAUGGCCACUGCGCCUUAUUUUGAUUGCCUUCAAUACGUGCGCCUUCCAAGAUGCCGCCUACCACUGGGCACGUGACCACCGCGUGCACCACAAAUUCUCCGAAACAGAUGCCGAUCCACAUAAUGCUACGCGUGGCUUCUUCUUCUCGCAUAUCGGUUGGUUGCUGUGCAAGAAGCAUCCCGACGUGAUUGCCAAGGGGAAGAGCUUGGAUUUGACCGAUUUGCAUGCUGAUCGCAUUUUGAUGUGGCAAUUGAAACACUACAUGAAAUUGAUGCCCUUGGCCUGCUUCAUUCUGCCCACCGUUAUUCCCAUGUACUUCUGGAAUGAGACCUUCAUCAACUCGUGGUUCGUGGCAACCAUGUUCCGUUGGUGCUUCUUGUUGAACGUUACCUGGUGUGUCAAUAGUGCUGCGCACAAAUUUGGCGGUCGUCCCUAUGACAAGAGCAUUAACCCCUCGCAAUGCCCAUCUGUUUCCGCAUUUGCCUUCGGCGAGGGCUGGCACAACUAUCAUCACGUCUUCCCCUGGGACUAUAAAACCGCUGAAUGGGGCAACUACUCCAUGAAUUUAACCACCGCUUUCAUUGAUUUCUUCGCCAAGAUCGGUUGGGCAUACGACUUGAAAUCUGUCUCUGCGGACAUCGUCGAGAAGCGCGUCAGACGUACCGGCGACGGUUCGCACGAACUCUGGGGCUAUGGUGACAAGGAUAUCACCAAAGAGGAUGAACAAGGCAUUAUUACAAUCAAUAAGAAAUCCGAAUAAUGCCGCAGUGAAUCUAAGCAAAUACAUACAUACGUUCAUAUGUAUUCAACAUAAUUUGUGUGGAUCUGAAAAAGUACAUACAUUUGUCCUACCUGAGCAUAAAACGCAUCCCUUCUUGAAGUCAGGAAAAAGCAAAAUAGCAAUCAAAAUAAAAAGUGUGAUUAUGAAAAGUCUUGAACAACCUGAAGUUGCACGGGUUUUUACUGUUUAGUGCGAGGUUGUAAAAUUUAUGAUUUAUGCAAAUUUGCUUUAUAAAUUUUGGAAAUAUUUAGCUACAUUUCUAAAAUAUGUACAUACAUAUAAGACCAGAGAGAAGUUAAUUGGAAAUCGUUCAUUUACUCACCUGUCGCCAAGCGAAAACAAAAAUAUAAAAAAAAAAACAA